CUUUCAACAUUACAACAGUCGCUCACUAUAAUUUUCCCACUCUUUCUCUCAGUUUACCUCACUUUCUCGCAUUUUCCCGGCUCAAAUUUCUCCUAAAAAAUUGUUUCUUUUUCUUUUUCUUUGUUUUUUUUUUGAAUCUUCGGACUUCUCAUACCUCGUUUUGUCACAUUCUCUUUGUCGCUUCCCAAAACCGGAACCCUCUUAACCGCCAUUACUUGUAGCUGUCUUCGAAUUCGAAUUCCUUUGCGGAAAUUCAACUUCCAUUUGCUCAAACUUGAAUUGGAACGACAGCGAAUUCAUUGAGCUGUGACCGAAUGUGAGAUUAGGAACCGAAUUUCAGUGAUUUGUGUCGCCAUGUGUGUUAUUGGAGGAGGCUAUGGGGGGAGGAGUUUGUGUACGGAAGAGUUGGUGCAUUGGGGGUGAUGGAGGGUAGGGUUUGGUUACGGAAAAUCGGUUCUUGAUGUCGCGCUCGGAGAAGAUGAGCGUGGACCUGGUGGAGAGGGACAUUGAGUUGGCCAUCACUGCUCUUAAGAAAGGGACACAGUUGCUCAAGUAUGGACGUAGAGGGAAGCCCAAAUUUUGUCCCUUCAGGCUGGCUAAUGAUGAAUCUGUUCUGAUUUGGUUCUCUGGAAAAGAGGAGAAACACCUUAAGCUAAGCCAUGUGUCCAGAAUUAUUCCUGGUCAGCGCACUCCAAUAUUUCAGAGGUACCCUCGGCCUGAGAAGGAAUACCAAUCAUUUUCUCUUAUAUAUGACGAUAGGUCUUUAGAUUUGAUAUGCAAGGAUAAAGAUGAAGCUGAAAUCUGGUUUACUGGUCUAAAAGCACUAAUAUCCCGUGGCCGUCAUCAAACAGGGAGAUCUGAAGCUAGAAGUGAUGGAGUUUCAUCUGAAGCAAAUAGUCCUAGAGCACACACCCGAAGAAGUUCUCCUUUGAGCUCUCCAUUUGGCAGUGGUGGCAGUUCACAGAAGGAUGGGGUUGAUCCCCUUCAUCUGCGUACUCCGCAUGAAAGCCCUCCAAAAAUUGGUUUAGAGAAGGCAUUGUCAGACGUGCUAUUGUAUGCUGUGCCUCCCAAGGUUUUCUUUCCCUCAGAUUCUGCUUGUAGCUCAGUCCAUUCUUUGUCAUCAGGGGCCUCAGAUGGAAUAACUGGGCGCAAAAAUGGUACAGGCAUGGAUGCUUUCAGAGUUAGUUUGUCAAGUGCUGUUAGCUCAUCAACUCAAGGCUCUGGUAACAAUGAUGGUGAUGCUUUAGGGGAUAUUUUUAUUUGGGGGGAAAGCACUGGCGAUGGCAUUCUAGGUGGAGGAAUACAUAGAGAUGAAAGUUCUUCUGGUGUUAAGAUUGAUUCUUUAGUGCCUAGACCCAUGGAAUCUGCAGUAGUGCUUGAUGUUCAGAAUAUAGCUUGUGGUCGGCGACAUGCUGCUUUAGUAACCAAGCAAGGAGAGAUUUUCUCUUGGGGGGAGGAAUUGGGAGGCAGACUUGGACAUGGUGUGGACUCUGAUGUUUCUCAUCCAAAGCUUAUAGAUGGUCUUAAAAAUAUCAACAUUGAACUUGUGGCAUGUGGAGAGUACCAUUCUUGUGCUGUUACUCUUUCUGGUGAAAUGUACACUUGGGGUAAUAGUGCUUAUAAUUCUGGACUCCUUGGACAUGGAAAUGAAGCCAGUCAGUGGGUUCCUAAAAAAUUAAAUGGACCUUUGGAGGGAAUACAUGUUUCAUCAGUUUCUUGUGGACUGUGGCACACAGCUGUUGUAACCUCUGCUGGGCAAUUGUUUACCUUUGGUGAUGGGACUUUUGGUGUUCUAGGACAUGGUGACCGUAGAAGUGUGUCAAUACCCAGGGAAGUUGAGUCUCUUAAGGGCCUCCGUACUAUGCGAGUAGCUUGUGGUGUUUGGCACACUGCUGCAGUUAUUGAAGUCAUGGUUGGAUCUUUGACUUCCAGCAACUGCUCAUCAGGAAAGCUUUUUACAUGGGGAGAUGGAGAUAAAAACCGUCUUGGACAUGGUGAUAAGGAAGCAAGACUGGUGCCUACUUGUGUCGCUGCUCUUGUUGAACCCAACUUUUGUCAAGUUGCUUGCGGAGACAGCCUGACUGUUGCACUUACAACAACCGGCCAUGUCUACACAAUGGGAAGCUCUGUUUAUGGUCAACUAGGAGAUCCGAAAACUGAUGGGAAGCUCCCCACCCGUGUUGAGGGAAAGCUUAUGAGGAAUUUUGUUGAAGAAAUAGCUUGUGGUGCUUAUCAUAUUGCAGUUUUAACUUCAAGAACUGAAGUUUACACUUGGGGAAAGGGUGCCAAUGGUCGCUUGGGUCAUGGGGAUACUGAUGAUAGAAAUUCCCCAUCCUUAGUUGAAGCUUUAAAAGAUAAGCAAGUCAAAACAAUUGUUUGUGGCACUAAUUUCACUGCAGCUAUCUGUCUGCAUAAAUGGAUGUCAGGUGUUGAUCAAUCGCUGUGUUCUGGUUGCCGCCUUCCAUUUAAUUUCAAAAGAAAACGACAUAAUUGUUAUAAUUGUGGUCUUGUUUUCUGCCACUCAUGCACUAGUAAAAAGUCUCUCAAUGCUUCCAUGGCACCAAAUCCCAACAAACCUUUUCGGGUCUGUGAUAAUUGUUUUGGCAAACUUUGGAAAGCCACUGAAGCCAACUCUUCCUCGUAUCCUGCUCUUAGUAGAAGAGGAAGUGUGAAUCAGGGACAAAAUGAAGUUGUUGAAAAGAAUGAGAAAUUGGAUUCAAGAUCUUAUGUCCAUCACCUUGGAAGACUUUCUUCUUUAGAAUCAUCUAGGGAAGUGGAAAGUGUGUCUUCAAAAAGAAACAAGAAACUCGAUGUUAAUAGAAGUUGUGUUUCUCCCCUUCCCAAUGGUGGUUCUCAAUGGGAUGGACUAGAUAACUCUAAAUCUCUCAAUCCAGUGUUUGGGUCAUCCAAAAAGUUUUUCUCAGCUUCUCUUCCUGGAUCAAGAAUUGUUUCUCGGGCAACAUCACCAAAGUCGAGACGAUCCAGUCCCCCUCGUGCCACAACCCCAAUCCCUACUUUGUCAGGGCUUAGUUCGCCAAAAUUUGUUAUGGAUGAUGCUAAAAGGAUGAACCAUAGUCUUAGUGAAGAGGUUCUAAAAUUAAGAGCCCAGGUUGACGAUCUUACCUGUAAAGCACAACUUCAAGAAAUUGAGCUGGAGAGAACAUCCAAGCAGCUAAAGGAGGCCAUUUCUAUAGCAGGGGAAGAGACUGCAAAAUGCAAAGCUGCAAAGGAAGUGAUUAAAUCGCUUACUGCACAAUUGAAGGAAAUGGCUGAAAGGUUACCUGUUGGAGCUGCAAGAAACAGCAAUUCACCUUCUUUUGGUUCUUAUAGCCCCUCUCUUGCUCACGAUGUCUCGAAUGCAGCCAUUGAUGCGCUAGAUAGUCACAUGACCUCCCAUGAACUGGAUUCAAAAGGAUCAAACAGCCUGGUGAUUUCCAAUGGGUCAAGCUUGAAUAAUAACCACACUUUGAGUCAUACUGAAGUGUUGCACCUGGAAGCAACUGGGAGGAAUAAGACCAGAACUGCAAAAGCUGAAGCUCCCCAUGGGGAUGAAUGGGUUGAGCAAGAUGAGCCAGGUGUUUAUAUGACCCUUGUUUCCUUGCCUGGAGGUGCCAAAGAUCUUAAGCGUGUCCGCUUCAGUAAAAAGCGGUUUAGUGAGGAGGAAGCAGUACAGUGGUGGGCGUUAAACAGGGCUAGAGUGUAUCAGCAAUACAAUAUUCCCUUGACUGACAAGCCUAGUGUUGGCAUGGGAAGGGAAGGUUUAUCUCAUUGACCCACCUUAUUCAAGAUGUAAAUGUCUUCAAUUUCCACAUUCCAAGCUUCCAAGAUUUUGAGGUUUGCGUUCAAAAUUCAGCUUUUAAGGUUUUGGGAAGAAAGGGGUGGCUUCCCCCAAUUUUGGUUUCACAUCAGGGAGGGUUGUAUUUCUUUUCCCCUCAAAUUUAAUUAUUUUUUAUUUUUCACCGUAAAUGCACCCCUUGCCUUUCUGUUUUUUGGAGGAAAGUCGUAGAUUAGAGAUAAACCUUGUAAAUUCUUUGUAAGUAGGUUAAUCGUGUUACACCUCAAAAUUGUCUUGUAAAUUCUUGUUAAUGCAUCUUCAAUGUUACUUUUAA